AGGUAAUUUUUCAAAAUGGAAACACCAAUUAUGCAAGAAGGGGUGGAAAAAGAAAUAACUCCAAGACCAAUAAUGGUUCAACCAAUGGGAGGGAUGAAGCCAAUCAAAUCCGCUUCUAAUCCCCCAACUCCAUUGGAUAGUCCUUUUAUGGCUGGAGCUAUCAAUCGUCCAAGAACUUCAACUCGAUCUGUGGGCGUUUCAAUUCCAAUCCACGUGGAAGGCGAGGAGCCAACUGCUCCUAAAUCCAUUGUGCCGGAUAAUUGGAUUGAUUGUCCGUUUAAAGAACAUGGAUGUCAUAAAAAAGGCGAAAACUCUGAAGUUAAAAGACACGUGAGAGAUGAUAGAAAUCUCCAUUUGGUUCUUUUGUGCCAGUCACUCAAUCCAAUUCGUACCAAAAUCAACAUCCAACAAUCUGCCUAUGUUGAUAAAUACGUGGGAAUGCUUCAAUACAUGAGCAUUGCAGAAUCGGCAUUCGAGAAAUAUGGAAGCCAACAUACAUUCCGUAUUCCAAAAAUUGGAUUGACUGUCGUAAAAGCGACAAAGAACAAAUCUCAUCGAUCGAUUUAUAGUCAACCAUUUUAUUCUCAUGGUUAUGGGUAUAAAAUGAUGGCUGUUGCUGCACCAUAUGGUGAUGGACUCGCAUUUCGCGAGUAUUUCUCUGUGUUUGUUUGUCUCAUGAAAGGCGAAUGGGAUGAUAUUCUCGAGUGGCCAUUUCGUUGUGACGUCACGUUUUCGAUUCUUUCGGAUGACAAGAAGGAAUUGUUGACAAAGACAAUCUAUGUGAACGAAAUGCCCGAGAUUCAGGAAUUUCUUGAAAGACCUGAAGGACUACGGAAUGGAACUUUUGGUUUUCAGAACUUUCUUCCGUUGGCAAAAGUAACCGAAUUCGCUGCUGAUGGUGACAUCUUUAUCCAAAUAAAGGUCUUAUUGAGCAAGGAGAAACAAAAAACCCAAGCUAAAGAAGUCGAUUCGUCUGAGUGUCAGUCCGAGAUGGUCGGAUCAUCGAAAGCGAAAAGUGAAUGAAGUUUUCCAGUGAAUAAAUGAUUCCAAUUGUUA